CACCACCAGCUACCCCGCUACGACCACACUUCACAAUGGCGGGCGACCACCACACCCUUUCUCUGGACCCGGCGUUGGUCAAGUACAACAACGUCAACGUCAACCGUCACAAGUACUUCCGCUGGACUCCCAGGACCGCCUGGUACUCCAUCGCCUACUGCGUUCUCGUCCCCUCCGUCCUGGGCUACAUUGCGUACUCGACCGAUGGCAAGUUCGACCUCCGCGGAAAGCGCAGGGGUGACUCUAUCAAGGAGUUCUAGAGAAGAUACCAAUACCAAUCAUUCAAGGCGUAGCGCUGCAGGAGUGACAUGAUUUGUGCGCUCGCGACGUGUGUGUGCGGGGUCUAGGACGGUUGUAAAUAUCAUCACAUGGCUACCUCCUACUCUAGUCUAACGUCGGUCACCAUCAAGCGAGCUCCACUGCCCAGCGAGACAGGGAAGAAUAUACAAGCAGUCCCUACGGAGUACUCCUUGUCUAGCUACAAGCCCGAGUCCCAGAUAUGAGUGAACGGGUCUUAGAGCAUAUACAUACUGCAAACAUCUUGGCCGG